AUGACACCACCUCGAGCGUUUGACUUUUCUGGUGAUGUUGCCAUCGUUACUGGUGCAGGGUCUCGUAUGGAUGGUGAGAUCGGAAAUGGACGUGCAGCAGCUAUUCUCCUCGCCCGUCAUGGAGCAAAGGUUGCCCUAGUCGACUUCAACACUGACUGGGCGAAUGAGACGAAAAGAAUGAUAGAUGAAGAAAAUGGCACAUCGAUAGUCAUUCAAGCAGAUGUUACUGACGAAGAGUCCUGUAAGAAUGCUGUAGCAAAGACGGUACAGGAAUGGGGCGCUGUUCACAUCCUUGUCAACAUUGUUGGUGUUGGUGGAGCUAUGGGUGACGCCACAGCCAUCAACAUGGAGGCCUGGGAUCGAGACUUCCGCAUCAAUGUGACAAGUAUGGUUCUUAUGAGCCGUCAUGCUAUCCCUGAGAUGAGGAAGGCAAGACGGGGAUCUAUUGUGAACAUGUCUUCAGUUAGCGGAUGGAUGGUCUACACCCCAAUGACACGAGGACGCGGUAUGACCGAUGAAAUGCGACAAGCACGGAUCAACCAAAACCUUAUGAAACUGGAGGGUACGGGCUGGGACGUUGGCUAUGCUAUUCUUUUCCUCGCUAGCAAGGAAGCUCGUUGGAUAACCGGUCUCAUUAUGCCAGUUGAUGGAGGUACCACUGCAGGACGUGCCGACCGGCCUGCCUUGAAAGCAGACACAUUGGCUGAGAACAAUGUCGGAAUACCCAAUUAG